AUGAAGGCCACGAAACAGGCUCUGGAUCGUGGCUUGAAGUACAAGGAAGCAUUGCGGGAUCACAAAACAGCUGCACCUUCCAGUUCCUCCAAAUGGAGGCCCCCCAGCAUCCCACUUACAACGCCAGUGGGAGUGGCGGAUAUGACAUUGGGUGACAUGAUGAAGAAAGAGAAGCUCAGCUACCCUGAUGCCGUUACUGUUUUCCUUGCUUUCAAUGAGUCCCUGGCGAAGAAGCCUUCCAAGAAGCCCAAGAAAGCCGAGAAAGCCAACACGAACUCCUCAGCAGGUGAGUCAGCAGCCCCGGCCGAAGCCGAUGAACCCCAGCCGAAGCGCAAGAAGACCAAAGCCGAGGAAGCCGAUAAGAAAUCCGGAAAGCAGCCCCCAGCCAAGGAAGCCGGUAAGAAAUCCAGAAAGCAGCCCCCGUCUGAAGCUCCAGUCGAUUCUGUGGACACUGGCAAGAGAAGCUCUGUGGCUCCGAAAGCCAAAGCUUCUAAAGCCAAGGCUCCUCCACCAUUGAAGCGCAAAGGAGCUUUUGUGCAUGAACCUGAGGCUGAGGUGCUCGAGGCGCCGUCCAAGCGACUGAGAGGUAAGACUGGUGCAGCAAACCAGAUCCCCGAAGACACACAAGCAGACCAGAUCCCCGAAGACAUCCCCGAGAACCCCAACCCGGAGGAAGACGACGAGGACAGUGCCCUUUUCAAGGAUUGGGAUGAGCUCUGCUAUGAGUACGACCUAUGGAGACAAGGACUUCCUCAACAGAGUGAGCUGGACGCUGCUUUGAAGGCUCACAGAAAUUCUGCUCCCGUGACUCCUGUGCCAGCAGUUAAGUCGGGGCCGGAUGCACAGUGCCUGCUGGCACUGCCUGGGCCGGAGCCGCCCCGUGGUGAUGCGUCUGGUAGUACCUUUGUGGACAGUCAAGCCAGGCUGCACGCAAGCCGCCUCACCAACAAGGACCGCCAGGACUCCCAGACGAAUCUCAGCGAUCUCGGGCCCUCGGCAAGCCAAGUUGCAAGUGCACUUGACAUGAGCGUGCUGUUGCAGCGUGUGCAGCAGUUGGAACUGGAAAAGGCCGAACUUCAGUCGCAGCUCAGCAGCGACUCGAAAAGUACCACUUCGGAAACAAAGGACCCCGUGCCCGAAGACGCUUCGAAAGAACCCGCUGCAUCAAAGCCUGUGGCUACGCCUGUCAGGGCCAAGGUGCAUGUGUUCCACGAUUCGCCGUCGCCUGCCCCAGCGAACCAUGCUCUUCCCGCCUGUCUGAGCGACUUAAAGAUCAAGACUCAAGCCCAGCCGGUUCCAAGACCAACGGAGAUGCCAACGGAUGGGUCAGACGUCAAGCUGGAGGAGCCGUCUGAGAGGAUUUCAUCUGCUACGCACCGAAAAGAAUAUGCCAAACUCAACCGAUUGCACGAUGCUGGAGCACUGGCCAACUACCCGAGCAUGCUGGCGUUGCAGGAGGAGGGCACCCUGGAUGAGAAGCGCAAGCUGUUGCGCAACUGGGUGCUUUCGGGCCAGAACUUGCAGGCUUGCGAGAGCGCCAUCGAGGUUUCGCAGGAGUCCGGUGUGCGUGGCGAGAAAGUCUGGAUGCAGAUCCCUGUGAAGAACAUGCUGAAGCAGAACUUCAAAGCGAACUGUCGUCCGGGAUCACAAUUCUUUGAUGCUCCUAUUCCUGGUGCCGAUCCGGGCCUCCUCAAUAAGAAGGCUGCCACGACCCAGCAAGCACCGCUGAAGGCCGAUGUCCUGAGGGCUUUCGACAAGCGCAAGGACGAGUUGAGUCAGCUCGCACUGCAGGAGGCAAGUGCUGGACGCAAUCAGAGACGGCCGGCAGCGAAAGCCACGUCACGACGAGCGGGGUCGGUUGCAGGAUCUACGGCGACCACUGUUAAAGCAAGCUCCUUGAUCAAUGAGGAGCUCAAGAAGAGUGUGAAUGGCAUCACGGACCUGAUCUUUGAUAUGGGGGAUGCUUCUGAUGAUGAUUCCCAGAGGCUGCUCAAGGACCUCAAGGGUCACAAGAAGAGGCUCGAAAUGCUCGCGAGGAAGCAACCAGUCUAA